GGCUAAUACAGGCUCCAGGGACUUGGUUGGAAACAAUUUCAACUUUAUCGGAGACUCUUCGGUUUACUUACUCUGAAACUCUAGGGAAGUGGCCUAUUGGAGAUUUGGCUUUUGGGAUCAAUUUUCUGCUGAAGAGGCAGAAUCAAGUUGGGGAGUUGAUCCUCAUCAAAAUGUCUGGCCUUGGAUGUUGUUGAAGGCUGAAAUACCUUAUAUUCUGAAAGGCUUCUGUUCUUCGCUCCACCUUGUAGAACCUCUAAUUGUUGUGCCAGGUUUACACCUAUGCACAUUACAUAACAUUUUGAAUCACACAAAAAGCUCUGACAGGAAACUUACAUGUUGGCAGUGUAUUCGGUGGGGAUGAUAGUCCACAGAUGAAAGGAGUGGAGAUUAUUGCUGAACUUAAAUAUUUGUUGAACUUGUUGACACUAUGUUGGCAUUUUUCCAAAAAACCUUUUCCUUUAUUUCUGGAGGAGACUGGUUAUGCAGAAGCAGAUGUUCUUCUGCAGGAACCCAAAGCGGGAAUAUUGAAGCCAGCUUUUACAAUUUUAGUUGAUCACAAAACUAAAUGUUUUCUCUUGCUGAUUCGUGGAACACAUAGCAUCAAGGACACUUUGACAGCUGCAACUGGGGCAGUAGUACCAUUCCAUCACACUGUUGUGCAUGAGGGAGGAGUCAGCAAUUUAGUUUUAGGUUAUGCGCACUGUGGUAUGGUUGCAGCUGCCCGGUGGAUAGCUAAGCUUGCUACUCCUUGCCUUAUUAAGGCACUUGACCAGUAUCCUGGUUAUAAAGUUAAGAUUGUUGGACACUCCUUGGGUGGUGGCACUGCAGCACUUUUGACAUAUGUGUUGCGGGAGCGGAAGGAAUUGUCUACAGCUACCUGUGUUACAUUUGCACCUGGUGCUUGUAUGACUUGGGAAUUGGCUGAAUCAGGGAGUGAUUUCAUUAUUUCUGUAAUCAAUGGAGCUGACUUAGUGCCUACAUUCUCAGCUGCUUCAGUGGAUGAUUUGCGUGCUGAGGUCACAGCAUCUGCUUGGUUAAAUGAUCUGAGGAAUCAGAUUGAACGGACAAGAAUUCUUAGCACUGUUUAUCGUUCUGCUACAGCAUUGGGUUCUCGACUUCCAUCUAUUGCCAGUGCUAGAGCAAAAGUUGCUGGGGCUGGGGCACUUUUGCGCCCCGUUUCUAAUGGUACACAGGUUGUGAUGAAGAGAGCACAGAGCAUGGCGCAGUCUGCAUGGGCACGUCCUGCCCUACGCUUGUCCUCUUGGUCAUGCAUGGGGCCUCGUCGUCGAGCAACUACUGCUUAUUCAAAUGCAGAAAGGAGGGAAAAUUCCCCAGAAUCUUUGUCAAACAGAACAGAGUCUUCUGAACCUCUAGUGAUGUCUGCCAAUGAAACUGCAAUAGCUGCUGUGUGUCAAACUGUUGAACUUCCUUUAUCUGUAUCUGAUGCAAGAGAGUGGGAUUCAGAAAUUGGAUGUUCUUGUUCUGAUGAAAUACAUCUGCAUCCUGAUGGAGUUUCUGAUCUUGAUGGCAAUGAGGACCUCAUGGACGAUAAUAAUACAUGCGGAGACCACAUGACUGAAGUCGAGUUGUGGCAACAACUUGAGCAUGAUCUUCGCAGUACAACAGAAGGUGAAGAGGCUGAUGUAGCAAGAGAAAUAAGGGAAGAAGAAGAAGCUGCCAUUGCAGAGGUUGGUGGGAACCACGCACAGAGUGAUACGCCAGAAAUGAAGGAAGUGCACAGAUUUUUUCCUCCAGGAAAGAUCAUGCACAUUGUUACCAUUCAUUGUGAUAACAGAAUCUCUGAAAGCGAUACCCCCAGCUCAAGUGAAUUGGAUCACAGCCAGUCACUGGAAGAUAGUAAGGUUGGGAUUUUUCUUACACCACGAUCGUUAUACAGUAAAUUGAGGCUGUCACAGACCAUGAUUAGUGAUCAUUUCAUGCCAGUUUACAGAAGACAGAUUGAAAGACUAAUAAAGGAGCUUGAGGAAGAACAAGCUUCUGAUGACAGGGGCCAUAAAUAUACUGAAGAUGUAGUUUUAUAGAGAACUUUAUUAUUCCCCACUGGUUGAUCAUAUUGAAUUUGGGUUUUGGGUUUUUUCAUUUUAAUUGAUUUAGAGUCCAAGCGUUCCAUAAGAUUUUCUGGGCUUCCUUAUUUGGCGAUGGAAAUGCCCCUAGAAAGCAAAUUGAAAAUAAGCUAACCUACAGGGAAGAUUUUUGGAUACAUGACAUGAUUAUAUUUGUAAGUUGUAAUAUUCGGAUUCGAAAUUUGGUUCGAAA